AUUCCUGAGACUAACUAAAAAGUAUAAACAGACGCCUGUUUGUUGGGUUUUAUUUUGAUUUCUCUAUAGGGGUACCAAUAAUUUUUUCCCAGAUAAAUGUCACGCAACAUUGAAAUGUUUUGCAUUUGUGAAGUGAUUGUGUUGAUUUAAAAAGACUCCCUUGUUGUUUAUUUUGUUACACUAACUUUUGCAAAAUGUAUUUCCAAUACCUCUUCAGCAUAUUGUAGAUGGAAAGGUAGGGAAAGGCCUCUAUUUAUAUGAGAGCAACAUGCUAUUUUGUAUAUCUCGGCAUAGCAGAAACAACCAUAUAGGACAUAACUUAUCAAGGUUAAAACAAUGGAUAUAGUACAAGAACAAAUUACUGGUUACGCUGGAUACACCUACGGUUUCACAGCUAGGUAAAUCCGCUUUCGUUAUGCUCCAAAUAAGGGGAGCACUGCAGUUUGAGUUCCAGCUGCUGGGUUUAAUCUAUUGUUUAUAAAUGUAAUGGUUUUCGAUCUAUUGACAUCAUUCAAGCAUUUACAUAUUCCAAUGUUACUUGCUUGUUUUGUUUUCUUUUCGGAAUUACUUUCUUCUGUAUUAUCAAGGCACGCUUCAGUGUGAACCCAUCUUCAAUAUGCCUCCCUGAAUAGACAAGAAAUGUCUGUGCUGCCUUUUUCACAAUUUGUACAGCUUUGCUUUUUUGUAUUGGAUCCGUUAGACAUCUCUUAUAUGUGGUUACUGAAAUAUGAGGUUCUCUGAAGAGCGUUGAAACCGGAUUCAACCUAUCGAAUUAUGUUAAUAUGAAACAAAAACGUAACGUUAUCUAGUCAAACUUUGUAUGUGUAAGUAUCCUCGCUUGUAUUUUUCCGCAUUUAAUCUGAUCUUUGUGAAACCAAUUAUGCAUACUUUCUUAAUAAUGAUUGUCUUUUAGGAAUAUGAAAAAAGUUUAAAGUUAAAAUAUCGUUAAAAUGUGUAUAAUUACGGAACAUUAGAUAAUUCUGACAAUGACAGAUUGUAAAACAAACCAUGCUGUCAAAUAAACAAUAAAGAUUGAUAUUAAUGUUAGCCAUUCGGAUAUAAGAACGUUUUUCGAUGGUCAUGUUCUAUCCAAUCAGAUUAUAAGAGGCGGGAAUAUGCCUCUGAAUUCACCUACUGCUUGGUUGUCUUUCUUGUUCACGUCUAGCUAGCUUGUGAAGCUAAGCGGCUAGCAAGCAAGUUAUUAGACUUGAGAGAAGGCAACACAACAAUCUUCUCGUCGAGAUAGCGGCUACAUUUGUAGUUUGUUUUCUUUUUAAGAAAAAGUAUUCCUUAGGUUUUGAGGAAUUUCCACUUUCGACUGUUGCACAUAUCCCUACAUAGAGGACAGCUUGUGAGCCUCAUCAUCAGGGUCUCAUCUGUUCUGCACAUAUCUAGCUCAUCCUCACACCAGCCCUGUGAUUGCUCACGAAACAGAGGGACCACACUAGAGAAAGGGCAAAUCUGUGCCUCCCUUCCUCCAGGUCCCCUCUGCCUUAGAGUGUGUGUGUGAGUUUUCUGAGUACUCAUCCUCGCUACAUCCAGAAUGUCCUCCAUCUUGCCUUUUACCCCUCCGGUCGUGAAGAGGCUCCUGGGUUGGAAGAAGUCAGCCAGCGGCCCUGGGGGAGCAGGGGUUGGAGAGCAGAAUGGCCAGGAGGAGAAGUGGUGUGAGAAGGCGGUCAAGAGCCUGGUGAAGAAGCUGAAGAAGACUGGACAACUGGAUGAGCUGGAGAAGGCCAUCACCACCCAGAACUGCAACACCAAGUGUGUUACCAUUCCCAGCAAUUGCUCUGAAAUAUGGGGACUGAGUACACCAAAUACGAUAGAACAGUGGGAUACCUCAGGCCUAUACAGCUACCCUGACCAAACCAGAUCCCUGGACGGGCGCCUGCAGGUCUCCCACAGAAAGGGUCUUCCUCAUGUCAUCUACUGCCGCUUGUGGCGAUGGCCUGACUUGCACAGCCACCAUGAACUGCGCGCCAUCGAGGCCUGCGAGUACGCCUUCCACCUUAAAAAGGACGAGGUCUGCAUUAACCCGUACCACUAUCAGAGGGUGGAGACCCCAGUCCUGCCUCCUGUGCUUGUGCCAAGACACUCUGAAAUUCUGACAGAACUGCCCCCAUUGGAUGACUACACUCAUUCCAUACCUGAGAACACAAACUUUCCUGUAGGAAUUGAGCCACCAAAUAAUUACAUCCCAGAAACACCACCACCUGGAUACAUAAGUGAGGAUGGGGAAGCCAGUGAUCAACCGAUGAAUCAAAGUAUGGACACAGGUUCACCUGCGGAACUGUCCCCUGGAACCCUCUCACCUGUCAAUCAUAGCAUGGACCUGCAGCCGGUGACUUACUCUGAACCCGCGUUCUGGUGCUCUAUAGCUUAUUAUGAGCUAAACCAGCGCGUUGGAGAGACCUUCCAUGCUUCACAGCCUUCUCUAACCGUGGACGGUUUCACAGACCCCUCCAACUCUGAGCGUUUCUGUCUGGGCCUGCUCUCCAAUGUCAACAGGAAUGCCACUGUGGAGAUGACCAGGAGGCACAUAGGAAGAGGGGUUAGGCUGUACUAUAUUGGUGGUGAGGUGUUUGCUGAAUGUCUCAGCGAUAGCGCCAUCUUUGUUCAGAGUCCGAACUGCAACCAGCGGUAUGGAUGGCACCCAGCCACUGUAUGCAAAAUCCCUCCAGGUUGUAAUCUAAAAAUCUUCAACAACCAGGAGUUUGCAGCCCUGCUGGCUCAGUCUGUGAACCAAGGCUUUGAGGCAGUGUACCAGCUCACUAGGAUGUGCACCAUUCGCAUGAGCUUUGUCAAAGGCUGGGGGGCUGAAUACAGACGGCAGACUGUCACAAGCACUCCCUGCUGGAUUGAACUGCAUUUGAAUGGACCACUGCAAUGGCUGGACAAAGUGUUGACUCAGAUGGGUUCCCCUUCUGUACGCUGCUCCAGUAUGUCAUAAUGCUAGAAAAUGACCCAAAAUGUUGCCCACUCAAAGGUCAUGAAAUUCAAACUUGAGUCCUAUCAUGAAAAAAGCUGAAGAAUUAAUAAAUUUUGUAUGUUCAUUUAGUUCCACAUCCCUGUCUAAAACACACACACACACACACACACACACACACACACACACACUGACACACACACACACACACCCACACACACCAAAAAACAUGCACAUACUGACUGACUUUUCAGAAUAGAAUUUGGCACUUUGUUACCCAUCUGUCAUGCACCUUCUUAAAUUGCUUCCCCCAAAUCAUUAAUAUUAGAGCUAUUUGUGGUACAAAUGAAAUGUAUAUUGGUUUUUAAUGUCCAGGGAUGAAUGGUUGGAGGCAGGGGAAAUACCAAAAAUAUUCAUAGUAUCUCAGUAUUUGAGAGUGUAUAAGUAACACAAGUGUAAAUGCUAAAUUAAUUUUGGUUCAACUCAUCCAUUCUUUUGACCAUGAGGUAACUUUUUCUCUGGAAAACGUGGAUUCUUUGUCAGGGGGAGUAAGCUUGGUUAAAGAUUAAGAUGGCCUUUGUCGCUUUCUCCUUGGAGGGGAAUGCUAAAUAGUUCUUUUUCUAAAUGUAAUUACUUAAUUGACCUAAAUAACUCUACCCUUUUGUCAGAAUCUUUCUUUUUUUAUUCCAGAGGUGUGUCGUUGUAAGACACAUUUCUUGACAUUAAGGAAUGUUUAGUCAAAAACUAAACUAAGCUGUAAAAUCAAUCUGGCUAUAGUUGACAUACAUUUUAGCCCCUUGCCAUUCUAGGUGGCUUAUUGUUUCAUUAACACCAUACACAGCCUAAGAUGCAGGCUAGUAAGUUCUGAACUUGUUUAGGAUUGGAUGCAUUGGGCAGGGACCAGAGAAUAUCAGCUUCAAUUGCUUUGUUUAUGCAUCACUGGGUGUCCAGGUCUCGAAAGGUGAAUUAUUGAAAGGUUAUGUCACUUUGAGAAUUGAAGUAUCAGUGAAUUUCAUUCUAUUAUGUUUUUAGCCUAUAUCCCCUUUCUUUUGCUACUUUUUUGUAUUCUCAUGUAUUUUUAUAUAUAAAUAUACUUAGAUUUUCUUCUGUCGUUCACUUUUUAUUAAAUUUAAUAUUUCAAGACUGCCUGUUUAUGUGACAUGGCUCGCAAUCUAUGGAGACCGUGGAUCAUUCCUGUAUUUUUUUUUUAAAGGUUCAACUUGAAUCUAAUUCCAAUGUAAGCCCUUGCCUUGGUAAGAAAAACUCUGCCCCAUGUAUGUUUUUCUUUUUUUCUCUUUUAAACCUGGUGCAUCAGAAGUACACAAAUUGAGGCGUAAAUGCCUGGAACCUGAUAUCUGCUUUCCUGCAGUGUAUGGUUUGGUUAUUUGACUCCAAGGUGUGUUGUAUGAACUUCUUUUGACUCAUUCAUCUCUUCACUCUUGAAACACAUUUGAUGUCUGGAAGCCAUUUGGUGCUUGGUAAAGAAUAAAGGUCAGCAAGUCAUUUCUUUGCUAAAUGUUACAGAAACAUGGCAGUAUUCCAUGUUCUUACAUCAACGUAAGAAAUUAAACUGCACACUGGGACAUAGAUUAUGUAUUAGUGUGUGUAUUGUAUUUGUUCAUGUCUAUAAAAUACAGUAUGUGCAACAUGACUUUGAGCUUGCAGUCUGCCAUUAUUGUCAUUUUGUGGCUGUUGCAAGAUUUUUUUUUAACAUCUGUUUUCUCCUUUAUUGAUGUUAUUAAUCUGUUAACCUUACGGCACUAGUGAUUGUACUUUGUAAGUGCAACUAGUGAAUUUGGAUUGGGGGAACUAAACCAUGUGUUAUAGGAUCCUGUGUUGAAGCAUUGUACCAUUGGCCUACAAGAUAUGAAUGUGAAGAGAGUAAAUAACAAAUCUGAAGUGGACCAGAUGUACAUUAUACAUAACAGUAGAACAGUAAUGUGUGUAUUUAACAGUAAAAUAUUUGCAAAGCAGUCAGUACAGUAGUUGUCGCAGUUGUUUUACCAGUAGAGGGCGUUUAUUGAUAGAGCAGGUUUUUUUCUGACCAUAAGCUUCUCAGGCGUGUGGCAUAUUAUGCAGACUUCAUAAAACACUAAUAAAGAUUUUUAUUCUCAUUA